AUGCAAAAACUUUCGCUUCGGAAACGGAAGGCCAUUUCGUAUGCAGAAGAAGAAGAAGAGGAGGAGGAUAGUGGUAGUAGCAGUAGCUUUGAAGAGAUAUUGAAAGAACAACAUGAUGAGGAAGAUGAUGAUGAGGAGAGAUAUGAAACGAAAAAAAAGAAGAAUCAUUCCAACAACAAGCGGAGGACUAGUAAGAGGUCUUCCACAAACGAUACAUCCCGAAAACAGCAAAAGUCAACCUCAAGAAAGAAGAAACAACAAUCGGAUGAAGAUAAUGAUGAGGAUUAUAUUGAAAUUGGCAUUUCGGAAAAUGAUGAAAGUAGAAUGAGGUCAACCAAGAAGAAGAAUCCGCGAACUAGACAUAGCGAUCGGACUAGUGCAAGCAACGAUGGUUUGUCGGUUGCAAGUAAUAGUCAUACCAGAAAUAGCGACAAUUCUUUGAGAAAUACUCGUCGUAGUAAUACUCGCGGCAACAAACAGGUAGCAACCUCUCCUUCCUCAACUGUCGACAAGAACACCGAUGAAGGGACACACCAAAUGGAGAGUAUCAAUUCCACUCAUGAUGAACACGAGAAUGAACACGAGGACAAUCAUAACGAUGCAGAUGCAGCGCUGUUUAUUUCAUCUUCCUCCUCAUCCGAAGAGUCUGAAGAUGAAUAUGUCGAUCCAAGUGGUAGCGAUGAUGAGGGUUUGGAAGAAUUAAGCCAUUGGGUUGAUGAAGCUGAAGAUUUGGUUGUGACAAUGAGUGACGAAGAGAAUCAAGACGAAGAUUUUGAGGAAGAAGAAAAUGAAAGCAGUGAUGACCAAGAUGAUGAAGAGUAUCGCGAAUCCAAGCGAAAAAACCCCCAAAAAUUGCGCAAAUCGACAUCAACUUCAACCACGAAAACCAACAAUGUGACAAAACGAAGAAGAGAAAAAAGCAUUUCACCACUGUCUGUUUCAAGGAAUGCUAAAUCUGCUUCCAACAAUCAACGACGUAAGAGUCCCACCACCAAAUUAUCAAGCCCUGCAUCUCGAGGAAGUCGUUCUAGAAAAUCUCCAGCUACUCGACAAGAAUCACCCACCACAAGCGUGAAUGGUGUGCCAAAUUUGUAUCAAAUUUAUAAUGUCACUGGAGUUCAAGAACAAUUACAAGAAUACAAUCGGUCAAGAAUUGCAGAAAUGAAUCAUGAGAGUGAUCAUGAAGAAGAUGCUAACAAAACCACACAGCCUCAAAAAUUGCAAUCAACUAACUUGUCUACCCAUCACAACCAGAAUUCUACCCUUCCAACUCAUGUAACUUGUCAUACUUGUUUACCUUCUAACGAUUCGAUUGUCAAGAAAGUAUCACCGAAUAGUAAUAAUAGUAUAGGUAACUGUAACGCACAACAACAGCAACAACAGGUAUCCCUUGUUGAACCCUAUUCCAAAUCUAAAUGCGAAUUUUUCAAGCUUCCACAAACAACUUCCCUAACGAAUGAAGAGUUUGAUUUGCACAUGAAUGAGAAUAUAGACAUGGCACCCUCUAUUGGAGUGAAAUUGGCCAAUUUUGAUGGUUUUCAAAGUUUAAUUGAAAAGAAAUUACUUCUCAAGAAUGCUUCAUUGGAUGACGAUGAAAGUAAGAACCAAGAGGAAGAUUCUGAAGAACCUUACGACCCUAACUUUAUUUCUGAACAUGUUUCUAACGCUGUUGGAGCCUCAUCACAUUACAAAAUCAAGCCCUUCAAAGAUGGACACUAUAUCAAUUGCGAUUUGCGGUAUUUCACUCUUUCUUCUCUUGGAAAAUUUGAUGUCAUUCUCAUUGAUCCACCUUGGAGAGUGGUUCAGAGUCGCCCCCAAGAAGCCAUGAUGUUUAGCAAUACGAAUUUUAAACUCAACUAUAAUACUCUCUCAUACCAGGAAAUUAUGGACAUCAAUGUUGGAUCAUUGUGUGAUCAAGGUUUUUGCUUUUUGUGGGUUCUAAAUUCUUCUCUACAAUUUGGCUUAAAUUUGUUGAAUCAUUGGGGCUUUACGUAUAUUGACAAAAUUGUUUGGGUCAAGAAGACAAAGAACGAUCAAAUAUUUGCUGGAACCGGAUAUUACUUUUUACACUCAACCGAGUUAUUAUUGGUUGGUGUCAAACACGGUUCGACGAAAAAGAAUGGUCAAAAACUACAGUACAUUUCCAAAGUAUCCAAUGAUAUUUUAUUUAGUAAGAUUGGAAUUCAAUCUCAAAAACCAAUGGAAGUUUAUGAAAUUAUUGAAAACAUGGUACCAGGUGCAAGAAAAAUUGAAUUAUUUGCUCGAAAUCACAACAUUCGACGUGGUUGGUUGAGUGUUGGAAAUCGUCUUGGUGAAGCAUUCGAAAAGGAAAUGACCAGCUAUUCAUGCACCAAGUGUGACAAGAAUCUCUUUUCCCCAGAUUUGAUGGGAACCUCUAAGAAUAUCCCUAGGUAUAAGAGCCAAGUGGACCCAACUGUAAAUUUAUGUUCACAAUGUGCCAAUAAGUAUGAAAAACAAUAUGGACCUUAUUUUGUAAUUGAAAAUAAUUGUACAGAACCAAUAUUCCACGAUUGGUAUGCUUGUGAUCAUUGUGAAAUGUAUCCAAUAUGUGGAUCUAGAUUUUCCUGUAAAGAAUGUGAAAAGGAUUUUGAUGUGUGUGAGGAGUGCUUUGAUGCCAUCAUGACCCUUCCACCUGAAGAAGGAGGUCAUCAACAUGCUGCAUCUGCGUUUACAUGUAUUGAAUUUCCAGAUCCAGGAUGUGGCUAUGCAGUUCAUGUGGAUAAGCGUUGCACUUCUUGUUUGGCAUGUCCUAUUGUUGGAGAGAGAUUUAUGUGUACUGAAUGUAAGGAUGUCAAUUUGUGUCGAAAAUGUUUCUUUUUACAAAAGGAACCCAAAGGACACAAAUGCACGCAUGAAAUUUCACUUAUUCCAGAGCCAAGACACGUUCAUUCGAAACUCAAAUGUGCUGCAUGUGCCACUGUAGGACUCGAGGGCCCAAUUCACAAGUGUAAAACAUGCAUGUCAUUUAUUCUGUGCAAUAAGUGCUAUCUCUUACACGAGAAGAAUUAUGACAGUUUGCACUUGGACAAGUACACGACACACAAACCCUUCCAUUCGUUUAUGCGUUUGAAGUGA